GGCUCUUGUCCAGUGAGAGGCGGUGGAGAUCAGAUCUGAGCUCUGAUCACAGCAGUAGUGAGCUGCUCACUGCCACAGUCACAACACUGUGACAUCCAUCAGGGAUUUGCACCUUUCUUCUUUUUGUCCUUUUUUCUAUCAAACGGGUUCAGUCUGAAGCAUCCCCUAAAGCAGGUAGUUACUGGGUGAUCUGAGGAGGUUCACUGCACCCCUAUACCGGCUGUAGGACGUCAUGACAGCCGAAAAGACGAUUCCCAUAAUAAAUGGAAAAGCGGACGAUUCGAUGGACCCCGAGGCGGCGAGCCCGAGCGCAGUGCGCAGCAAUGAUAAGAAGGUGGUGAACGAGAGAGGACAGUGGAAUAAUAAGAUUGAGUUUGUGCUGUCAGUGGCUGGAGAGAUUAUCGGCCUUGGCAACGUUUGGAGGUUCCCAUAUCUGUGUUACAAGAACGGCGGAGGUGCUUUCUUUGUGCCUUAUGUCAUCUUCUUCAUCUGCUGUGGAAUCCCAGUCUUCUUCCUGGAAACAGCGCUAGGUCAGUUCACUAGUGAAGGAGGCAUCACAUGUUGGCGAAAAGUCUGCCCGCUCUUUGAAGGCAUCGGCUAUGCGACCCAAGUCAUCGAAGCCCACCUGAAUGUUUAUUAUGUGGUUAUAUUAGCUUGGGCCAUUUUCUACUUGUUCAACUGCUUUACAACAGAGCUGCCCUGGGCAUCGUGUGGUCACUACUGGAACACGGAGAACUGUGUGGAUUUUAACAAUGAAAGCAUUGCCAACUUCACCAACCCAUAUGCCACAUCACCAGUCAUGGAGUUUUGGGAACGCCGUGUUCUCAAGAUAUCCUCUGGAAUUGAAGAAGUUGGCAGCCUUCGCUGGGAACUUGCUCUCUGUCUUGCUAUAGCCUGGGUCAUAUGUUAUUUCUGCAUUUGGAAAGGUCCCAAAUCAACUGGAAAGGUGGUGUAUGUCACUGCAACCUUUCCUUAUUUCAUGCUGUUGAUCCUUCUUCUUCGAGGAAUCACACUGCCAGGAGCUGCUAAUGGAAUUAAGUUCUACCUGUAUCCCGACAUCUCUCGUCUGUCAGACCCUCAGGUGUGGGUGGAUGCAGGCACUCAGAUCUUCUUCUCAUAUGCUAUAUGUCUGGGCUGUCUUACGGCUCUCGGCAGCUACAACAGCUACAACAACAACUGCUACAGGGACUGCAUCAUGCUGUGCUGCCUGAACAGUGGCACGAGUUUUGUGGCAGGAUUUGCCAUCUUCUCUGUCUUGGGCUUCAUGGCAUAUGAACAGAAUGUGCCAAUAGAGGCAGUGGCAGAGUCAGGUCCUGGUCUAGCAUUCAUAGCUUAUCCUAAAGCUGUGACCAUGAUGCCGUGGUCUCCACUGUGGGCCUGUCUGUUCUUCAUGAUGCUCAUCUUCCUUGGGCUUGACAGUCAGUUUGUGUGUGUGGAGAGUCUUGUGACUGCAAUCGUGGACAUGUAUCCCAAAACCUUCCGUGUGGGUUAUCGGCGAGAGCUUCUCAUCCUGGGAAUGUCUGUGGCUUCGUUCUUCGUGGGUCUAAUAAUGUUGACAGAGGGUGGCAUGUACGUGUUCCAGCUCUUUGACUCGUAUGCAGCCAGUGGCAUGUGUCUGUUGUUUGUGGCCAUCUUUGAGUCCAUCUGCAUUGGCUGGAUCUAUGGUAGCGACAGGUUUUAUUCGAACAUUGAGGACAUGAUUGGAUACAAGCCCAUCUUCUUCAUCAAAUGGUGCUGGAAGUACUUCACACCAGGCAUCUGUGCUGGCAUCUUUCUGUUCUUCUUGAUCAAGUACAAACCGCUGAAGUAUAAUAAUGUGUACACAUAUCCAGACUGGGGUUAUGGAAUUGGCUGGAUGAUGGCCAUGUCCUCUAUGGUCUGCAUCCCUCUGGGAAUCUUAUUUCAGAUCUGGAAGACGGAAGGAACUUUCCGUGAGAGGAUCAAAAAGCUGACCACACCCAGCUCUGACCUGAUAAUGAGGGGACGCCUCAGCUCCAGGGGUCACUGCGCUAUCAAUGACGCUGAUGCCAAAAUGAGGGCGGAUGGCAAGAUCUCCACCAUCACAGAGAAGGAGACACAUUUCUAAACCCAAGACACGGACAUCACCGGCACAACAGACAGAAAAGUGAAAUAAAACAAAUAUGUUUGCCAUUAUUUUUAAAGAGAGCUCUAUUAUCACAUUUGUAGUGUUGCUUUUUUGCACAAGCAGGUAACACAUCACAAUUUAACAUAUCAUGAUUAAAAACUGAGUUUAUCUAAAUCUAGAUAAAAAUGUUGUUGUAUUGCCUCACUCUUUGUCACAUUAGUCAUUUCUGUACUUGUAGAAUGAAGUCAAGGUAAGCCAGUGUGCUGUGAAAUGUUUUUACACAUCGGCUCUUGGCUCUGUGCAGAUUACUGUAGAGUACUAUUCUAAUGGAUAGAAGAUGUUUAUGACCACUCCAAACGUUGGCUGCAUGUUUGUAGAUGAGGCUCAGUGUUGUCAGAUUUGCUGUCCUUCAGCUAGCAUUGACUCGCGGGGCGAGCAUGACGUAGCAAGCCCAUUCGCCACGGCGUCUUGCGUGGCUCGAAUUCUUGGCCAUUUCACACCAAUUAGACCGAGUUUAAUUGAAGGUGACAGACCAAACACAGUUUAUCAUUUUUUUUUUUAUUAUUAUUUCAGGCUGGUGGUUCAGAGAGUCAUCCUAACACACUUAUCAUGAACCUCUCAUUAACAUUCAUAAAGAUUCUUAAAGAUUCAUAAAGUCUUAAUAGUGUGAUUUUUGUGUAACAAUGUUAAAGGGCAGUCUGAUGGUGAAAGACAUGUAGAUGAAGCUUUUGGUUUGUAUGUGAGGACAACAUUAAAGCGAUGCUGUGGAACACAAAAGUGCACAUUUUAAACAAUUCUUUUCAUAGCAGAACCAUUAAAUGAAUUCGAUUCAGCAAAUUGUGAUAAGUCUGCGUUCACAUUCAGAUUACAAAAAUGGCAUGUCAGAGUCAUUAAUCAUGUACUGAUGCACCGUUAUUUAACACGUAUACAAACAAAGACUAGAUCUGAGGGUUUAGUGUGUGAUGACCACUACAAUGUAGAGGACAUUUGGUCAACUGUUGUACUGAUGUAGAAAGAUUGAUACCAUGCAAAAUAUAAAAGGCCACUAAUCAGAUGCAAGCUCAUUAUCUAAGAGAAAGUGCAAGCGACAAAGAAGUAGUUCUUCUUUCAUGUCUAUUUUAAGUGAUUGUAGCCCAGAUAUUGAUAUCCAUUAAGUCAUUAGGAAGCAGUACAAAUGUGUUCUAAUGACCUUCGCAAUAUAACAGCCAUAAGUACUUUCAUCAAACAGUGCUGCAUCUGUAAUGUUCUUUCACAGUUAAGAGCACUUUUUGUUCGUAGUAUACUCAGGAUGCACUGUGAGCCCUGUGCACAUGCAUGCAAUCUUUGGUCUGGUCUGUUCCAUCGUGACAUCAUCUGUUUGUGCCAGUAAACUUGUUUGUUAGCUUGUUAACUUUUCAGAUAUAUGUAUAUUUUUAAAUUUCUUUAGUUGUUUUGUGUACUAUUUCUUGAUGAAAAAAAAAACCUUUCUCUGAGGACUUUUGAUAUGCCAUUCAACAAUCAAGUUCUAGGUAUACAGUAUCAUGGAAUUGUUAUAUGUGCUGUUUCCACAAAUUUUGGUAUUCACAGGACAUAUGAAUUGUGUGCUUACUCAUUUUUAAAAAUAAAAAUUAAAAACAAACA